AUGGCCUUCAAGUCUGGAUUGGCGUUGUGCGCAGCGUGGACAGGGGCUGCCGCCCUGCAAAUACCGCUUCUGUCUUCGUCAUCGUCGUCAACCAAUCAGGCAUCGCUGGGACAUCACCAGAAACCGCUGGUCAAUACAACCGAGCUUCAGGAUCUCAUCAGCGGAGAAAGGCUCAUGGUGCAGGCCAAAAAGCUGUAUGAAAUCGCCAAACUUGGAGAGGCCGAGUACAACCAUCCCACAAGAGUGAUUGGCAGUGCUGGCCACCUUGGAACUCUAUCCUACAUUUACGAAACAGUGCUUCAGCUGGGCGACUACUACACCAUCUCAAACCAAACCUUCCCCGCUGUUUCUGGCAAUGUCUUCGAGUCACGUCUUGUCAUUGGCGACGGCGUGCCCAAGUCGGCAGCACCCAUGGGUCUGACACCGCCAACAAAGCACAAGGAGCCAGUACACGGCGACCUCAUCCUCGUCUCCAACGAAGGCUGCCAGGAAUCCGACUUCCCCGACUCGGUAGCUGGCAACAUCGCCCUCAUUAAGCGGGGUGUCUGCCCCUUUGGAACCAAGUCUGAGCAUGCUGGUCGCAAAGGCGCCGUUGCCGCCGUCGUCUACAAUUACGACAAGGACCCCGUUUCCGGCACACUGGGCACCCCAUCGCCAGACCACAUUGCCACUUUUGGUCUCUCGGGCGAAGAUGCCGCGCCCGUACUGCAGAAGCUGGACAAGGGCAAGCGCGUAGAUGGCAUCGCCUACAUUGACGCCGAAGUCAACCAAAUCCUCACCGUCAACAUCAUUGCGCAAACCACCCAAGGCGACCCCGAAAACUGCGUCAUGCUCGGUGCACACAGUGAUAGCGUCACCGCAGGCCCCGGCAUCAACGACGACGGCUCAGGCACAAUCUCCCUCCUCGAAGUCGCCGCCCAACUCACCAAAUUCAACGUGACCAACUGCGUCCGCUUCGCCUGGUGGGCCGGCGAGGAAGAAGGCCUCCUCGGCUCAGACUACUACGUCGCCUCGCUGCCGGAGGCGGAGAACGCCAAAAUUCGCCUUUUCAUGGACUACGACAUGAUGGCCAGCCCAAACUUUGCCUAUCAAAUCUACAAUGCCACAAAUGCCGCCAACCCGCAGGGCUCCGAGGAAUUGCGCGAUUUGUACAUCAAGUGGUAUGAAGACCAGGGCUUAAACUACACGUUUAUCCCCUUUGACGGCCGCAGCGACUACGAUGGUUUUAUCCGCAACGGGAUUCCCGGAGGCGGCAUUGCGACGGGGGCAGAGGGUGUCAAGACGAAGGAGGAGGAGGCCAUGUUUGGCGGCAAGGCGGGCGACUGGUAUGAUCCGUGCUAUCACCAGUUAUGUGAUGACGUGGGAAAUGUCAACCAGACGGCUUGGGUGGUGAAUACAAAGCUCAUCGCCCACUCGGUCGCAACGUAUGCUCGUUCCCUUGACGGCUUUCCGAAACGCAAGAUCGAGGCCAAGGCUCAGGCAUAUGCGCACGAGACGAAAUAUCAUGGAUCUAGGCUGUUUAUAUAG